UAAAGCUUGAUGAUGAUGAUGAUUAAGGAAGGAGCUGUCCGGUAAUCUGUCUGCAUGAUUUGAUGGGGUUCUUUGCGUUUUUAUUAAUGGAAGGAAACCUCCGUUGACAGGUUUUUCCUCAGUGUAAUGAUUGUUUUAGGUUCAAAAGAGCCUGAAAGUGACCACCUUUUUAACUGGCCAGAUGGAAGGAAAAAACAAGUCUUUUUGAUUGAUUACUGACUGUUUAAGAGAGAGAAAGACAGAGGAAGAAGAGGCCCACCUGAGAUAGAGAGAGUUGAUAGAAUCACAUGCAGAUUUGAAUCUUCACUUUUGCAUUCAUCCCCUUCUUCCCUGUGGCAGAGUCUCCUCUGGUGAACCGUCGAGAAAAAUUGGUCCUUUUUCUCUGAAUGUGAUGUGAAGAAGAACAAGAAGAAGAAGAAGAAGUUGGAGAGGUACUGAGAUCUGUUGGAUAGAGGAAAGCUUUGAGACAGCUCCCAUGGAGGAGAAGGAAAGCAGCAGAGCUGCCCCAGAGGCAAUUGUGAUUUCCUCUGGCCUGACCAUAAAGAUUGCAAAUCUGUCCACUUCCAGCAAGAAGAAGAACCCAACAGUGGCGGCGGCAGGCAGCGCUGUCUCCACGGUGGAGCCAUCACCAUACAACUCGCCUUCCUUAAUCUCUCCACCGUCCUCGGCCUUUGUCUCGGCCUUGCAGUCUCCUUACAUCUCUCCCCGGGCCCUCACCCCGAAAACCGAAGAUGAGGAAGAGCGCGAAGGAGGAGAAGCAGCUCAGUUGCCCUGCGAUGAGCGCCCGAAGGGCGCAGGCUCGUCGUCCGGCCACUCCGAUGACCUCCCCAGCAGCUCCUACACUCCUCCCUCGGACCAGUACGAGUUCUCGGACGACCCGAACGACGAAAAGCUCAAGUUCCUGCCGUACGUGCCGGUCCAGGUCCCCGUCACGGACCCCACGGGGGCCCCGCCGAGGAUUUCCUUCUCAUUCCCGGUCCCACGGGUCUCAUUCACAAAAGGGCCGGGCCCAGUCUCCCCCGCACCAGCCGCCGCCGCGAAUGCCAAACUUCGGAGCUGUGAUGUCUUCGUCGGGUUCCACGGGCAGAGCCCAAAUCUCGUCCGGUUCUGCAAAUGGCUGAAGUCGGAGCUUGAGCUUCAGGGCAUUGCAUGCUUCGUUGCGGAUAGGACAAAGUACUCCGAUGCGCAGAGCCAUGAGAUUGCAGACCGCGUCAUCUGCUCGGUUACCUUCGGCAUUGUUGUUCUUGCCAAUUCCAGCUUUCUCAACCCUCUUAGCAUGGAGGAGGUUAAGUUCUUCACUCAGAAAAAGAACUUGGUUCCAAUCUUCUUCGACACCGGAGCUUCGGAGAUCCUCAGCCUUCUUAGCUGUUCCUCUGCCGAUAAGGACACGAAGGAGGCCAUAGAGAGGUCGGUUAAGUGUAAUGAGUUCAAAGUUGAAGCUAAUGAGGGCAACUGGAGGAGCUGCAUUGCGCGGGCUGCAAGAAUUUUGAGGUCAAAGCUUGGGCGAACAAGCGUUGCAGAGAAGGAUGUAGUUGAAGCCUUUGAGGAGAUCCCUUUUCCGAGGAAUCGGUACUUCAUAGGGAGAGAGAGGGAAAUGAUGGAGAUCGAGGCGGCGCUGUUUGGGUGCGGGGAAGGCAUCGAACAAGAACCGGCGGCCCCUGGUACCAGAGGAGAGGCAAGUGGGCAGUCGGAGGGCUUAGCGGACGAGGAGAGCGAGAGUUUCACAACCUCCCGUGGCAGCAGAUUCAUCAACCUUGAGGUGGGCAGCAGCAAAUGUAAAGAACCAAAGCUCGAGGCCUGGGUCGAGCCGGUCUUAGGGAGGAAUUCCUUCAAGAGGUCAUCCAAGUCCAAGAAAUCGAGAAUAGGCAGUGGCGUGCUUUGCAUAAACGGAGUCCCCGGGGUAGGGAAGACAGAGCUCGCCUUAGAAUUCGCACACCGGUUCUCCCAGAGGUACAAGAUGGUGUUGUGGGUUGGAGGAGAAGCUCGGUACUUUCGGCAGAAUAUUUUGAAUCUUUCGGUUAAUUUGGGAUUGGAUGUUAGUGCCGAUCUGGAGAAGGAAAGAGGGCGGAUCAGAAGCUUCGACGAGCAGGAGAUGGAGGCAUUCAAGCGGGUCAAGAGAGAGCUCUUUAGGGACAUGCCGUAUCUGAUCAUCAUAGACAACCUCGAGACCGAGAAGGAGUGGUGGGAAGGGAAGGAUUUGCACGAUCUGAUCCCCCGGAAUACUGGUGGGUCACACGUGAUCAUAACGACGCGGCUCACUAAGGUGAUGACCUUCGAUAUAUUGCCGGUCCCGCCUCUUCCCGUGUCCGAUUUGAUGGUCCUGAUGAGGGGAAGGAGGAUGAGGGAAUACCCCGCAGGAGAGGUGGAAGUACUUCAGAAAUUUGCUGAGAAAUUGGGCAGGGUGAGCUUCGGGAUGUGGGUUGUCGGGUCCAUGCUCUCGGAGCUAGGGAUAUCCCCAUCUGCUCUCUACGAGGAAGUGAACCGUGUCCCUCUGGAGGACGAGCUCACUAACCAUCAUUCCUCCAUGGGCUUGAACGACGAGCAGUUCUGCAAGAAUAACCCGUUCCUGAUGAAAGUCCUGAGCUUCUGCUUCAAUGUGUUGCAGCAAGUGAGCGGGCGGAGGAACCUUGUCACACUGAAAAUGCUGCUUGCUGGAGCUUGGUUCGCUCCAGCGCCCGUUCCAGCGACUCUGCUCGCCGCAGCAGCAAAGAGUGUGCCUGAGACUGGGAACCAGUUUGAAAAGUGGUCGAAGAUGCUUGGUUUAAGCUGCUGCUUGGCCCCGAAAGCUUGGAAGACCGAGGAGGACUCGGCAAUCCUCCUAGUGAAGCUCGGGCUUGCACGCAGAUCGAACCGGGGCCAGGGCUACUGCGUCCAAUUUCACCCAAUCACUCAGCUCUUUGCAAGGAGAAAGGACAGUUCUCCUCCUUCAGCGUCUUCCUCGCUUGGGGCGAAGGCAAUGGUUCAGGCAGUUAGGAGAAUGGGCAACCCUGUCCAGAACUCAGACCACCUCUGGGCCUCUGCAUUCCUUGUCUUCGGGUUCAAGUCAGAGCCGCCAUUGGUCCAGCUCAAGCCCAUUGAUGCGGUAUUGUACAUCAAGAGAACGGCCCUGCCCCUCGCGAUAAAGGCGUUCACGACCUUCUCAAGGUGCAACUCUGCGCUUGAACUAUUAAAGGUCUGCACAAACGUGCUCGAGGAGGUGGAGAAGUCGUUCGUGUCCCAGAUACAGGACUGGUGCCAUGGGUCGCUGUGCUGGAAGAAGUCACUGCAGGGCGCGAGCACUCGCUGGAGGGUGGACGAGUACGUGUGGCAGGACGUGACCCUGCUCAAGGCAACGCUUCUUGAGACGAGGGCGAAACUGCUACUAAGGGGAGGGCACUUCGACAGCGGGGAGGAGCUCUGCAGGACCUGCAUCAGCAUCAGGACCGUGAUGCUCGGGCAUAACCAUGCCCAGACAUUGGCUGCUCAGGAAACUCUCGCAAAGCUCGUGAGGAUGAGAAGCAAAAUAUGACGACGACGACGACGAAGCUCGCUGUCAGCAACUCAGCAAUCGGGUUUAGUUGUUGGCUGAGCAAAGUUUUGCUGUACAAUGUAAUUGAGGUUCUUCGAGUUUUGUUUUAGAUUUAGAUCAUAGUAUGGUUUAUUUCUCUAAAGAGCUCCAUUGCCUUCUAACAGCACAGCAGAGCAGUUAGUUGUU